AUGGGAUUGAGUGAGGGCGGUGGGACACACCUCUUAGCCGCGGUCACUGCCGCAGAGGCCCAAGCUGCGGAGCCGCAACCGUCUGCUCGGCCCCCUCCCUGCCACUGGGGAAGGGGUCCUCAGCUGGGGCGCAACUGGCAGCGCUCCAGGGAGGGGACCGGAGUCUCCGUGGGCUGCUGGGCGCUGGUACUCAGGGUGGGGAUGAGGGGUUGGGCGGCGCCCACGCGCACUGCAGGGGAAGGGCAGGGUUCGCAGGGGAGGAGGGGGAGAGCAUGCGUGUGUCGAAGCCACCAUUCCAUCUGUCUGCAGGAUUUCCCGGCAGGUAGGUGCAAACACAGUGAUACAGUGAUGGGCCGCGUCACAAACGGGCGACUGGCAUCCCGCACCGCAGCCAGUUGCAAAGUCUUCAGAGAUGCCUUCGUAAACGUUGCACUUAGCCGGGAGAAGACCAGUGGAGGAUCCUCGGUCACCCGCCCAGGGGGAGGAGGGAGGAAGAGGGUUUUCGGUGUUUGCCUUGGACCUCUGAAACCCCGUCCACUCUUCAGAAAGAGCCUAUACAUGACAGAGAUAGAGCCUUCCAGAUACUGGAUCUUCUCGACUGAGAAGACAAGUGAUACAGUCUUGCAAAUUGAUCUAAUUACUCAACACUAUGCUUCUAUCUUUCAGAAAAUACUGAAGGAAGGACCACUGCUGAAGAACUGUAACUCCUUCAAGAGAUGGAAGCUUAGAUAUUUUCUGGUUCGAGGACAAAGGCUCUGCUUUGCACACCAUCCUGCGUUUGCACGCUUUGAAACAAUUGAUCUGUCUCAAGUUGCCUUGGCAGAAAGCAGCUGUAGAAACCUUUGCCACAGUUUUUGUGUGAUCACACCACAACGAAAAGUUACCCUGGCUGCACCCAACCGGAAAGACAUGGAAGAAUGGAUUAACGUAAUAAAAACUGUCCAACAGGGAGAAAUUCGUAAGAUACCUGCAGCAGAAAACAACCCUUUCCUUGUUGGAAUGCACUAUUGGUACUCCAGCCACAGUCCCCGCACCCAGCACUGCAAUGUUUGUCGGAGGAGCAUUCCUGCCUUAUCAAGAAAUGUUAUCAUCUGUGAAGUGUGCAAAGUGAAGUCCCACAGAUUAUGUGCUUUGAGAGCAAGCAAAGAUUGCAAAUGGAAUACGUUAUCUAUCACUGAUGACCUCCUCAUGCCAGCAGAUGAAGUGAAAACUAUGCCCCAUCAAUGGGUAGAAGGAAACAUAUCUGUCAGUUCUCAGUGCGCAGUCUGUCAUGAGAACUGUGGCAGUUAUCAGAGACUUCAAGAUUUCCGGUGUCUCUGGUGUCAUUCUACGGUGCAUGAUGACUGCCGGAAACGGUUUUCCAAGGAAUGCUGGUUUGGAAGUCAUCGCACAUCAGUCAUUCCUCCCACUGCCCUCAGCGACCCCAAAGGUGAUGGCCAAUUAGUAGUAUCUUCAGACUUCUGGAAUCUCGAUUGGUCUUCAGCCUGUUCAUGUCCCCUUCUCAUCUUCAUCAACUCCAAAAGCGGCGAUCACCAAGGGAUCGUCUUCCUCCGGAAAUUCAGGCAAUACCUUAACCCAUCUCAAGUGUUUGACCUGUCGAAGGGUGGACCUGAAGCCGGGCUCUGCAUGUUCAAGAACUUUGCUCGCUUUCGCAUUGUGGUUUGUGGUGGAGAUGGCAGCGUGAGCUGGGUCUUAUCUUUGAUUGAUGCCUUUGGAUUACAUGAAAAGUGUCAGCUGGCAGUCAUCCCGCUUGGAACCGGUAAUGAUCUGGCCCGUGUCCUAGGCUGGGGUGCAUUCUGGAACAAAAACAAGUCGCCUCUGAACAUCCUCAACAGAGUGGAGCAAGCUAGUGUGAGGAUUCUAGACAGAUGGAGUGUGAUGAUCCGUGAGACUCCCAGACAAACCCCAUUGCUAAGAGGACAAGUUGAAAUGGACGUACCCCGAUUUGAGGCUGCUGCUAUCCAACACUUAGAAUCUGCAACCACUGAGUUGAACAAAAUCCUGAAGGCCAAGUACCCAACAGAGAUGAUCAUCGCAACCAGAUUCCUGUGCUCAGCAGUGGAAGAUUUUGUGGUUGAUAUUGUAAAGGCCUGGAGCCGGAUAAAACAGAACAAUACAGCAAUAGAGUCUGUGAUUUUGAAAAGCGACUUGAUGUAUGACAAGCUUAGUGUCCUGAUUGAUAUCCUGGCUGAGGAUGCAGCAGUUGAGAAGAGUGCAGCAUAUGCAGACAGUGCGAAGGCAGAUGGAAAGCCCUUUGUCCCCCAGAUAGACCACAUAGCCAAGUGCAAGUUGGAGCUGGCCACAAAGGCCCAGAAUCUCCAGGAGUCCUUGAAACUCAUCAUAUUCCAAGUCAAACAAGUUCUUGAUGAGCAAAGCCGACAGACAAUAUCAGUCAAGAACUUUAGUUCAACUUUCUUCCUGGAAGAUGACUCAGAAGAUGUUACCCAGAUGAGCCCAAGACACCGUUCUCGUCUUGGUACUUUGUCUUCUAUAUCUUCUCUCAAAAGUGAAGAUCUAGAUAACCUCAAUUUGGAGCACUUAUAUUUUACACCUGAAACUAUACGCUUCAAAGAAAAGUGUGUCAUGAACAACUAUUUUGGAAUUGGACUAGAUGCUAAAAUUUCUCUGGAAUUCAACACCAGAAGAGAUGAGCACCCAGGACAAUACAAUAGCCGCCUUAAAAACAAGAUGUGGUAUGGCCUUCUGGGAAGCAAGGAACUUUUCCAGCGCUCUUACAGGAAACUGGAAGAACGAGUCCACCUGGAGUGUGACGGAGAAGCCAUCUCCUUGCCAAACCUGCAAGGCAUUGUAGUGCUCAACAUUACCAGCUAUGCUGGAGGCGUCAACUUUUGGGGAAGCAGCACGGCAACCACAGAAUAUGAGGCUCCUGCAAUGGAUGAUGGGAAACUGGAGGUAGUGGCAAUCUUUGGUUCCGUACAGAUGGCAAUGUCCCGGAUCAUCAACCUCCAUCAUCAUCGCAUCGCCCAGUGCCGUGAAGUGAUGAUAACCAUCGAUGGUGAAGAAGGUAUCCCAGUGCAGGUGGAUGGGGAGGCCUGGGUUCAGAGGCCGGGCCUUAUCAAGAUUAGAUACAAGAAUGCCACCCAGAUGCUAACAAGAGAUCGGGAUUUCGAGAACUCCAUGAAAAUGUGGGAGUGCAAGCAUGCUGAAAUCCAAGCUGCCUCUCAACCGCAGCUGGACUCCCAGGAAUCUCAAGAAAUCCUCUCUGAUGAGGAGUAUGCCCAGAUGCAGUACUUAGUUCAGCUUGCAGAAAGCCUCAUCAGCAGACUUACUGACCUGAGCAAGGUCCACCAGCAUGUGUCUGUCCUCAUGGAUUCUGUGAAUGCCAGUGCUAACAUCCUGAACGAUACAUUUUACAACCAAGACAGUAGCAAUGAGGCAGGUGCAGCUUUCUGCAGUCCCAUUGAGACUCUAAGCAGAAAUGACGCAGUAGAUGUUACAUUUAGUCUUAAAGGGCUCUACGAUGACACCAAAGCUUUCCUGGAUGAAAACUUGCUAAGAAGUGCUGAGGAUGAGACCAUACUGCAAACUUCCCUGGAUGCCAUGAAUAAGGAGUUUGAAAAGCUAUCCGAGAUUGACUGGAUGAAUUCAGUCCUUAUUCCGGAGGAAAAAUCUUUAGACUCUGACAGUAGAAGCCUCAGACUGAAAGUUAAGUUCCCCAAAUUGGGGAAGAAGAAGCCAGAAGAGGAAGAGAAGCCUAAAUCCGGCCAAGGCAUCCAGGGUUUUAUUGGAAAUUUGUGGCGUCGCAGACAUCAUGAAGAUGAAGCAAAAGACGAUGAUCCUCCAACAUCAUCAGGAUCUCAACUAUAGUCCUUGAAAGCUAGAAGGAGAACUCACAUUUAGGAUUCUACUGAAAACUCUUGAAACCUCAAUACAGGCUAGACUAAAUUAUUUCAGAACAAACAUGAGCACCACCAAGAAAGAUCCUCCAAUUCUUUACUCUAAUACAUUUUUUUCCUGGACUCAAUCAGGUCUCCUUAGAGGUUUACAUUUUCUCAUUGGCCAAAGAUUCUUGUUCCGAGUUGUCUUGUUCAGUUCUCCUUCUCUUCGUGCAUCUUGAGCAACUACAGUAUUUAACUGAGAUAAGCUUUUUUUGUGAAUGGCCUGGGAUCUACAAAGGAUUCGAGGAAGUUCACCUCUUCAGGGAGUUUGGGAAUGUUUUUCUCUGACUAGCAGAGACACUGUUGAUGCUAGGGAAUGAAUGAAUGAAUGAAUGAAUGAAUGAAUGAAAGAAAUACUCUCAGGGAGAUGAGGAGAGGGGUCAGGACAGCCAGACUUGGUGGUGUUUCUCCCCCAAUCCCUGCCAAAUGCAACUUGUGACUUCAGGAGGUCUCUUCUAGUUGGCUUCUUAAGAUGAAAACUAGGUCCUGGGGGCUUGUCCACUUGCCUGUUACAAUGGCCAUGUGAAAUAUUUUCUUGCGGUGACUGCUCUCUCUGCAAACCCUUUCUGUUUUUCCAUGUGCGCACAUAUGUCUUUGCACAUGUCCAGGUGGUGCUCUGGUGGCUGGGUGGGCCCAUUGGUUGGAACUCACCCCUAUGGCAACCAUACAGGCUCCCCUCCUACUGCCUUGAUCCUAGCCUGCAUGCCUCCAUGGAGUGUUUGCCUGCAUUCUCGCUGGAUUUUUUAACUAAAUGUUUUGCCGCUGUGCUGCAGUAUAGAUUAUG